UUCUCGAAACUUCUCAAAGAAUAGCAACACUUCCAAGUGCUCAUAGAAAACUGUAGUUGUUUAUAGCUCAAUUUCUUCACUCUUAUACGGAGAGAGUGUCUAAUGGCGUCUGGUGACACGUCCUACUACGAAACUUUGGGUCUAUCAAAGAAUGCAACUGAAGAAGAGAUCAAAAAAGCGUACCGUAAACUAGCACUCAAAUGGCAUCCCGACAAGAAUCAGGAUAAUGUGGAGGAGGCCGACAAAAAAUUCAAAGAAAUUGCUGAAGCCUACGAAGUCCUUAAGGACCCUGAAAAAAGGAGUCUGUAUGAUAGAUAUGGUAAAGAAGGACUCAAACAAGGUGGUUUUGGAGGACAUGCAGCUGCAAGCGAUAUAUUUGAGCAGUUCUUUGGAACGAAUGAUGUAUUUGCUGCAUUUGACAAAAUGUUUCAAGAAAUGGGAGGUGGCCUUGACUUUGGAGAUGAUUUCUUUUCUGAUGGGAGAUCUUCUGGUCGUAGCAAAGGUGCUGGAGGAUUUGGUGGAUUUGGCAUGGGAUUCGGGUCAGGUUUCUCGUCAUCAAGUCUCUUUGACUCACCGUUUGGUGGGGAGGUGACAAGUAGUGGAGGUACUUAUGUCUCAACCAGCACCAGGACAGUGAAUGGAAAAACAAUUAAAACAAAAACCACUAAAAAAGGUGGAAACACAAUAGUUGAAGUGACAAAAGAUGGUGUUCUAAUAAAGAAGACAAUUAAUGGCAAAGAACAAGCCAUUGCUGGAGGGAGCAGUGGAAGAAUAAAAAAUUAAGUGAGCAAAUUCUGUUCUUGAACAACAUCCUUAUUAUUCUUAUUAUAAUUUGUUGUAUUUUCAUGUCAUCUCUUGCAAAGUGACUAUAAAGACUUGAACAUUGCGUAUUGUAAUUAUUUUAAUACAUUGUUGUGGCAAAGAAA